CACUCCACUCCCCACCCCAUCCUCAUGUCUGUUCCUUCUCCUCAGAAAGAUGGCCGACGCCCAGAUGCAGGUGGCCCCCACACCAGUCAUCCCAAUGGCCACGACUGGGGACCUGUCCCUCCCUGCUCCUCCUCCGGUCCGGGAGGACCUGCCACCACCGCCCCCCAGGGAGUCCUUCUCCAAGUUUCACCAGCAGCGGCAAGCGAGCGAGCUCCGCCGCCUCUACCGCCACAUCCACCCCGAGCUCCGCAAGAACCUGGCCGAGGCCGUGGCCGAGGACCUGGCCGAGGUGCUGGGCUCGGAGGAGCCCACGGAGAGCGACGUCCAGUGCAUGCGCUGGAUCUUCGAGAACUGGAGUCUGGAUGCCAUUGGCGAGCGCGAGAAGCAAGCUGCCGGGGAGCCCGCGGCGGGUGGGCGCGUGCAGGCUGCCUGCAGAAAGCCCGAGGACCAGGACGGCACCCCCGGGGAGCCCGCGGGACCUGACGUUCGCACGGCCCGGCGGCUGUUCGAGACUAGGCCCCUGCAUGCGCUCGCGGGGCCGGCGGAGGCCGCCCCGAGGGAGCCCGUGGCCAGCGGGGAUGUGCAGGGAACCAGGAGGCUCUUCGAGACGCGGCCCCUGGACCGCCUGGGCUCCCGCCCCUCGGCCCAGGAGCAGAGCCCCUUAGAGCUGCGCUCCGAGAUCCAGGAACUGAAGGGCGACGUGAAGAAGACGGUGAAGCUGUUUCAGACGGAGCCGCUGUGCGCCAUCCAGGACGCACAGGGCACCAUCCACGAGGUGAAGGCCGCCUGCCGGGAGGAGAUCCAAAGCAACGCCGUGAGGUCGGCCCGCUGGCUCUUCGAGACCCGGCCCCUGGACGCCUUCAACCAGGACCCCAGCCAGGUGCGGGUGAUCCGGGGCAUCUCCCUGGAGGAGGGCUCCCGGCCUGAUGUCAGCGCCGCGCGCUGGAUCUUCGAGACGCAGCCGCUGGAUGCCAUUAGAGAGAUCGUGGUGGAUGAGAAGGACUUCCAGCCGUCCCCAGACCUCGUCCCUCCUGGUCCAGACGUCCAGCGACAGCGACGUCUGUUUGAGACCCGAGCCCUGGACACUCUGAAAGGGGAAGAAGAAAGUGCGGCAGAAGGCCGGCCCAAGGAGGAGGUGGUUCCUGGAGAUGUCCGCUCCACCUUGUGGCUGUUUGAGAUGAAGCCCUUGGACACUCCCAGAGACAAGGUCCAAGUGGGUCACCUGCAGCGGGUGGGUCAGCAGGAGGGUGAGGGGCUUAUGAGUGAGUGUCUACCCAGUGGUGACACCGCAGCCCUGCCCCUGUCUCGGAGGGAUGACCUGAAGGGGGACGUAAAGACCUUCAAGAAUCUUUUUGAGACCCUUCCCCUGGACAGUAUUAGGCAGGAUGAUGAGCCUUCUGUUUGUGAGAGCGUGAACACGAAAACGGCUGAUUCUGCUGGGCAGUCCCCACUGUACGCCAUGGAGGACAGCAGUGGGCGGCUCCAUGCCCUGACCUCUGUCAGCAGAGAGCAGCAGGUGGUGGGCGGGGACGUGCGUGGUUACAAGUGGAUGUUUGAGACUCAGCCCCUGGACCAGCUGGGCCGAAGCCCCAGUACCGUCGACGUGGUACGGGGCAUCACUCGACAGGAAGUGGUGGCGGGGGAUGUCAGCACUGCUCGGUGGCUCUUUGAGACGCAGCCCUUGGAGGUGAUCCACCAGCGAGAGCAGCAGGAGCGACGGGAAGAGGAGGGGGCGGGCCGAGAGGACCACCAGCCUGAGGUCGUCCCGAAGGGCGAUGUGAAGACCAUCCGGUGGUUGUUUGAGACGUGCCCCAUGAGCGAGUUGGCAGAGAAGCAGGGAGCCGAGGUCACAGAUCCCACGAGCAAAGCGGAGGCCCCGUCGUGCACCUGGAUGUUCAGGCCCCAGCCCCAGAACGGUGCAGAAAGCUCCAGGGAGCUGCAUCUGCAGGUCAGUCGGGUGCAGACCGGGGAAAGACAGACACAUGGACAUAUCUUUGAGACUGAACCUCUGGAAGCUUCAGGCCGACCUGGCGGGGGAGGACCCGUGCAGGACUGCAGCCCGGUGGACACCCCUUCAGGACAGGUGUCUAGGCAGAAGGAGGUUUUCCAGUCGCUGGAGGCUGACAGGAAGGAAGUCCAGGGGUCCACCAUCACCUCCGGGACUACCCCUGCAGGUUCGGUGCGCAAGUUCACCUGGCUCUUUGAGAAUUGCCCCAUGGGCUCCUUGGCAGCCGAGAGCAUCCGAGGGGACAACUUCCAGGAAGAGCCGCUCGGAAGUCCCGCAGGUGGCGGGACGCCAGAAAGGCAGGAGACCGCAGCUGAGGGGACGCUGCGGACUCUGCAUGCUACCCCUGGCAUCCUGCACCAUGGGGGCAUCCUCAUGGAGGCUCGAGGGCCUGGGGAGCUCUGCCUCGCCAAGUACGUGCUCUCAGGCUCAGGGCAGGGGACCCCCUAUGUCCGGAAGGAGGAGCUGGUGUCUGGCGAGCUGCCCCGGAUAGUCCGCCAAGUGCUGCGCCGGCCCGAUGUGGACCCGCGGGGGCUGCUGGUGCAGGAGGAGCCAGCUGGUCAGCUGCGGCUCCACCCACUGAGGCUGCCGGCUCCAGGAGACACCGGGAGUGUUGAAGACGUGCGCCCCGAGCUCCAGCAGCUGCUGGCGUGUGGCCUCGGAGCCUCGGUGGCAAGGACUGGGCUGGUGAUGCAGGAGACAGAGCAGGGCCUCGUUGCACUGACCGCCUACUCCCUCCAGCCCCGGCUGCCCAGCAGGACCCCUGAAAGGAGCAGCGUGCAGCUGCUGGCCAGCUGCAUAGACAAAGGGGACCUGCGUGGCCUGCACAGUCUGCGAUGGGAGCCGCCAGCUGACCCAAGUCCAGUGCCAGCCAGUGAGGGGGCCCAGAAGCUUCCCUCAGCUGAGAGUAUCAUCUACGUCCCCCCUCUGGACCCCUCCAUGGAAAUGGGGCAUCUGAGAGGCCCGGGAGCCAACCCCUGCCCACCUCGGGCCACUGGAAAGGCAGUGCUUCCAGCUGGAGCCCAGGCCCCACUGCGGGAGGCAAGACGGCAGGCAGACAGCGAUCACUCCCCACAGGAGGGGAAGGCGGCCCUGGGAAGCUCCGAAGGAACCGUGGCUUCCCCUCCAGGGUCUAAGGCCCCAGACCUGCAGGAAGCCAUGAGGAGUCUGAGGAUGGCAACCGCUGAAGCCCAAAGCUUGCGCCAGCAAGUCCUAAGCAGGCACCCUCACGGCUCUGCCCCUACAACCACCUCCAAGUUCAUCCAAGAUGACCUGCAGGCACCGGCCACUGCCACCCAGGGCGACACCAGGCCUGUGGCCCGCGGUGAUGCCAGGAGCUCAGCGGUCCCCAGAAAGGUCAGUGGGGACCAGACAGCCCUGCCCAGAGGGCCAUCUGGGGGGCGGGUGACUGUGCAGGAUGGCAUCUUCACUGCUCACCCUGUGCGGACCUUUGACCCGUCUGGGGCUAUGCAGUCUUCUGAGAAGGAACCCCACACCAGGGGCCGAGAGACUGCCCUCUCACCCCAGGCGCCCAGCCCGCCCCAGGCAGGUCCAAGUCCAAGUCCUGGGCCAGUGCAGCUUCACACCCAGAGGUACUGGGGGCCUCCGGGGAAGGUGAUGGCCCAUGUCAGCCCAGAGUGCCUCAAAGCUGCAGAUUCCACCUUGAAGAUUACCCCUGUAGGCCGUCACACGCCUCCAGCCGUGGGGCCCCAAGCUGUAGGUGCCCAGCUGCACUCCCAUAAUGCCUCUCUCCCUCCUGCUCUCCCAGCUGCUGUGACAGGACCUGACCGCCUAGCUCAAGACCACCAUGAUGGGGACUCCAUCCAGGAGGCCUCCAAGCCCCCACGGGACCCCGUUCUUCAUAUCCACAGCAGCUCUGCUGGCCCGAGAAUCCCCGUGGGGUCACAGAGAAAGAGCCCUAAACCAGAGCCCACUGUACCUCCAAGGAAGAAGCCUCCAGUGCCCCCCAAACCUGCACACCUAAGCCAAAUCCCUCCUCCUCCUCCUCGGAGGCUGCCCAAGACAGCUCUAUCUCCCAGCUUCUCAGAGGCACAAGAACGCCCAUCAGGAGAGCCAGGCACCACCAACCCGCAGCCAGCCUAUGCUCCCAAGGAGGGAGGCCAGGACUCCGUGCCUCCGAUUGGAUGCUCCAGCGAGCAGGGCCGUCCAAGCUCCCAGCACAGCCUUAGCACCGUGGCCCUCAGCUCCACUGAGCAGCAGACAGCAGGCUGCAGUGUCCAGAGCCCUGAGCUUUCCAACAUUAAUAUUCUCAACAGUGACUCCACCUCACCACAGAGGGGCUCCUGCCCCCCAGGAGAGCCCCCCGUGGAAUGUUCUAAGCACGAUGCCCCCGAGAGCACCAAGAUUCUGCACUGUAACCAGCGAGCGCCCCAGGGCCUCCUGAGCCAGGCGGAAGAAGUUGUGGAGAUGGAGAGCUCCCGCGGAGGGGCCGUGCAGGCCCUGAGGGAGCUCUGGGAGGCUGUGCCCACGCUGGGAGGCUCUGCGCCCCAGCCUUCUCCUGCCCCUCACAAGCCCGGAGCCUCGGUGCAGCAGGCCUUUGGGGAGCUGACGCGUGUGAGUGCCGAGGUUGCCCGGCUGAAGGAACAGACCCUGGCCAGACUGCUGGACAUUGAAGAGGCUGUGCACAAAGCCCUCAGCUCCAUGUCUGGCCUCCAGCCUGAGACUCAGGUGACAGGCCAGUCACAGCAAACCCAGAAAGAUCCCAGUAGCCACGAGGGCUCAGCUAGCAACACAGCCCAGUCUAGUGACUCAGGCCAAGAGGUCAAAGAUUCAAAUACAACCAACAGGCCAGGCAAGGAGGAAUGCCAUUCCCAGGACCAGGGUCAAGCCAAGAUGAGAAAUCACACAGAGGUCACAGGUCAUGCAGCCUCAGCUGCCCCUACCAGCAAAAGGUUAGAAACAUCAGAAGACUUAGUCCUCCCUCGCCUCUUGCCUUCCAACCGAGAUUCCCCCUCCUCCCCAACCUUCAUCUCUAUCCAGUCAGCUACAAAGAAGCUUCCAGAAGCUUCUACCCCUCAGGGCAGCCACGAUGUCUCGGGGGAAAGUACACACCUAACUCAGGACAUAGAUGGACCUCUGCUCCACCAGAAAGGUGUCCAUGACAAGGCAGGGACAAAAGAGGUGGUUACCCAGUACUCUGCACCCACGGGGCAUCAGAAGAGUAUGCUAAAAGCACAGACUGGGCCAGUCAGUUCUCAGUACUAUGGAGCCACCAGAACGGUGACUGAACAGUACGAGGAGGUGGACCAGUUUGGGAACACUGUUCUCGCUGCCUCCACCACUGUCACCGAGCAGACAGAGCCGCCUAGGGGCCAGGAUCCUCUCUUGGGGCCACACACCUCCCCCUUGCUGAGACAUUUCCUGCACAGUCCCUCUGGGGUCAGCAGUGGCCUGGCAGAAGCUGAGGUGGCAUGGGUGUCCUGCAACCACUUCCAGCCAGCUGCCCAGUGAGCCCCUCGGCCUUCACCCAUCAUGAAUUUCCUCUACCAGAGCGCCUGCACAGAGGUGGGCGGCUACCUCCUGCUCACGGGGUGAGGACCAAGAACAAAGGAAGCCUGCUGAUCAUUGCUGACAGCUGUCGUCCCUUUGGUCAGUGCCACCCACGGGCAAAGGAGCAGGAGAGGGGAAGAAGCCUAGAGUCAGACACACACCUUGCCAGCAUCCCCUCACCACCAGCCUAUAGAUAUGUGUUUUUUCUUUUUUUGGUUUUUCGAAGUAGGGUCUCACUCUAGCUCAGGCUGACUGGAAUUUACUGUGUAGUCUCAGGGUGGUCUUGAACUCACAGCUAUCCACCUACCUCUGCCUGCCAAGUGCUGGGAUUAAAGGCGUGCGCCACCACUCUCAGCCUCUUUAUUUCUUUUACUAUGGAAUCUAAAAGUCGUCAGCCAUCUGCUCAUUCCCGACGAGGACCAGGGCCAACCAGACAUGAUGCUGAUCUCCGUGAGAGGUUGGUCUAAGGGCUCCUGAAGGUCUGGCCAGCAGCCCCUUAUCACCAUCUUCAUGUAGCUGGCCAUCCUGGUGGUCCAAAGGUCAUACACAAAGAACCCACGAUCAACAAUGUUCUGGCCUUUCUCGGUUCCCAUAGCCCCGCACUCUGUAUCCCAACUGGGAAAGCUACAAUCUGAAUAAACCCGGUUACCAUCCUC